CUGUGAGUGAGCAGCGCCCGGUGCUUCGGAGGAGUUUGACGUGGCACUCCGUUUUGUCACACAAGAGGACUCUGCCCCUAAUUCAGUUCAUUGAUGUUCAUUCAUCUUGGCAUGAGCAGACGAUAACGGUCAUCCCGUCAAGAUGAGUCAACAGGGUUACGUUGCUGCACCCCCGUACUCACAGGCCCAGCCGGGGAUGGGGGGCUACCAGGACGGCUUUGGAUCUGGUCCCACACAGCCCCAUUAUGGGCAUUAUGGGGGUGUGCCUCAGACGUACGCUGCUCCACCAACAGGUAUGGUGAAAUCGCCAGUUUCAUGGCCGUCUGGGAUGGCUCCACCUCCACAGUCUCCAGUGUCCAACCAUUACAACCCACAUGUCCAGCAGAAUGGUGCCCAUCCUCAAAGAUACCCUGCUCCACCAGCUGUUUCUCCUGGCUAUGGUCAGCCUCCACAGUCCCCAUACAUCAGCAUGGCAUCUCCAGCCCCACCUGCAGCACAGCAUCUCACCAGUCAGAUGAAUGCUAUGAACCUGGGCAGCUACGGACCAGGGCCCAUGCAUAGUCCUCCUGCAGCCAAACAGCCUUUCCAAACACCUCCUCCCCCAACAAUGAGCCAUCCACAGAUGCCUCCAGGACCCCAGUCACCUCACAUGUCCCAUCAGAUGUCACCACCGCAGUCACCCCCAGGAAGCAUGCCAAUGGCAGCCCCACCGAUGGCAGGCAUGGGUCAACCCUUCCCUGGGUCUCCCCCUGUUGGAGGUUUCCAGCAGCCUGGUCCAGGACUUUCUAGUCCACCAGGGUUCCCCCAGCAAGCAGGACAGUUUGAUGGGCACAUGUCAGGGCCCCAACUCGGCAUGCCAGGAACCUUACCUGGAGCACUGUCAGGUCCACCCCAGAAGAAACUGGACAACGAUUCUAUCCCAAGUGUAACCCAAGUUAUUGAAGAUGACCAAAUAAAUAAAGGGGGUCAGGUGUUCACCACAAAUCUCAGAGGACAGGUUCCGCCGCUGGUCACCACUGAAUUCACAGUAGAAGACCAAGGUAAUGCCAGUCCUAGAUUCAUCCGCUGUACCACCUACUCCUUCCCAUGUACCGCCGACCUGGCCAAACAGUGUCAAGUGCCCCUGGCUGCCAUCAUCAAACCGUUGGCUUGUUUGCCAAAGAAUGAGACUCCCCUGUACGUUAUCAACCCUGGGGAGUCGGGCCCGAUCCGCUGCAAUCGAUGCAAGGCCUACAUGUGCCCCUACAUGCAGUUUAUUGACGGCGGCCGUCGCUACCACUGUGGCUUUUGCAGCUGCAUCAAUGAAGUGCCGCCACUCUAUUUCCAACAUCUUGACCACAUGGGUCGGAGAGUGGACGUAUUUGAGAGGCCUGAGCUGUCUCGAGGAUCCUAUGAGUUCCUCGCCACAGUGGACUACUGCAAGAAUAACAAGGCUCCAAAUCCCCCUGCCUACAUUUUCAUGAUUGAUGUGUCCUAUGCCAACAUUAAAAGUGGACUCGUCAAACUGAUAUGCAAUGAGCUCAAGACCCUGCUUGACAAGCUGCCCAGAGAGGAAGGUGCGGAGAACUCGGCGAUAAAAGUCGGCUUCGUCACCUACAACAAGGUUCUUCACUUCUACAAUGUGAAGAGUGCUCUGGCACAGCCUCAGAUGAUGGUGGUUUCAGACACAGCUGAAAUGUUUGUUCCGCUGCUUGACGGCUUCCUCGUCAACUACCAGGACUCCAAGGCCGUCAUCUGCAACCUCCUGGACCAGAUCCCUGACAUGUUUGCAGACACCAACGAGAGUGAAACAGUCUUUGCCCCCGUCGUCCAGGCUGGCGUGGAGGCGCUAAAGGCGGCGGAAUGCAGCGGAAAGCUCUUCAUCUUCCACUCGUCCAUCCCCACGGCCGAAGCUCCUGGCAAAUUGAAAAACAGGGAUGACAAAAAGCUGGUCACCACCGACAAAGAGAAAACUCUCUUUCAGCCCCAGAAAGGUGUGUAUGAGCAGCUGUCGAAGGAUUGCGUGGCACAGGGCUGCUGCGUGACCGUCUUCCUCUUUCCCAGCCAGUACUUGGACAUGGCCACCAUGGCCGACGUGCCCUCACACACCGGAGGAUCUGUCUACAAGUACAACAACUUCCAGUUGGAAACAGAUGGGGAGCAUUUCCUGAGAAAUCUUAGGAAAGAUGUAGAGAAGUGGAUCGGGUUUGAUUCAGUCAUGCGUGUUCGUACCAGCACAGGCUUCAGAGCGAUGGACGUCUUUGGCGCCAUCCACAUGAACAACACCACAGAUAUUGAGAUGGCGGCGGUGGACUGCGACAAGGCCGUGACUGUGGAGUUCAAACACGACGACGCGCUCAGCGAGGAGGCCGGGGCGCUUAUACAGUGCGCCUUGCUCUACACCACCGUUGGUGGGCAGCGGCGCCUCCGCAUCCACAACCUCAGUCUAAACUGCACCUCACAGCUGUUGGAGCUGUACAAGAACUCAGAGACAGACUCACUUGUCAAUUUCUUCGCCAAGUCAGCAUACAGCGCCAUACUGACCCAGCCAAUAAAGAACGUGAGGGAGAUCCUGGUCAAGCAGACCGCCCACAUGUUGGCAUGCUACAGGAAGAACUGUUCAAGUCCUUCUGCUGCAAGCCAGCUGAUCCUGCCGGAUGCCAUGAAGGUGUUGCCCGUCUACAUGAACAGUCUGAUGAAAACGGCUCCCUUGAUGAGCAGCACGGAACUCUCCACAGAUGACCGGACCCAUCAAAGGUUGGCAGUGAUGGCCAUGGGGGUGGAGGAGACCCAGUUGCUGCUCUACCCACGCCUUACGCCACUACACAACAUGGACGUUAGCAGUGAUGCUCUGCCCACUUCGGUUCGCUGCUCAGAGGAGCGUCUCGCUGACUCUGGCGUGUUCCUGCUAGAGAACGGCCAUUUCAUGUUUCUGUGGCUGGGACAAUCCAGCCCACCAGACCUCACCCAGAACAUCUUCAACGUCCCCUCCCUCGCCCACCUGCAAGGCCACAUAUCUUUGCUUCCAGAGUUGGACAACCCACUGUCCAAGAAGGUCCGUUCCAUCAUCACCAGGCUGCUUGAAAAGAGGCCCAACUCUAUGAAGCUCCAAAUCGUGAGGCAGAGGGACAAACCCGAGGUGCUGUUCCGUCAGUUCCUGGUGGAGGAUAAAGGCCUGUACGGCGGAGCAUCAUACUUGGACUUCCUGUGCUACGUUCACCGAGAGAUCAAGCAGCUGCUCACUUAAAGCCGGUUGCAUCCAAAAAUCUGACGAAGUCCCACAGAGCAGGCCCAGUUUGUUUCUUCGUGUUUUAGCUUCAUGUAGGAUGACCAGCGAAGGUCCACCAACCUUUAUCUACGUGUUGUUAUAAAGACGGAACAAGGCGUGACAUUCAAGAUUCAACCUCCAGAGUCUAAAGCUGCCUUUCAAACAUACUUUUAAGACACAUAACUCCGAGUAAGAAUGGACGACGUGGGCUGGGAUGGCAUCGGUAUCUGAAGCUGAAAUACAUUUUGGUAUUAAACAGCAAAACACACGGAUCACCGUGCGUGCCAAUGAGCAGCAGUUUUUAACUCCACUUGGUAGCUCACGACGCUCAUCAGGUUUGUUUGUACACGACUUUCUCUCAUGAAGAAUUGACAUGUCACGUUGCAGUCUAUGCUGAAACAAAAUAUUCAUUAAAUCAUAAAUAAUUCUGUGAUUUCACUGCAGCCAAUACAUUUCAUCACAGUUUUCUGUUUUAUGCAAAACAAACAUGUCUUCUUAUAAAACCGAUGUACUGCAGGUUAAAUUAUAUUUUUCAUAGAUCCUACAAUUGUACUUCUGUGUCAAGAACAUUUUUAUGUGACAAAACAUGAGAAAAAAAAAAAGUAGCCAUUUGCAGAUGAAAUGUGAGCUGCUUUAACUCGCUGCUGCCCCCUUGAGGACAGGACCUGUGUGACAUCACAAACAGCUCGAAACAGCCAGAUUUCCUCCCUCUUACUGUUAAACACAGGUUUUCUUUCCACAGUCAUUUUCAUGACCCAGAGGUAUGAAUCUAGAGGAGAAAAAAAAAAUUAAAUUCUUGUUCACAGAUGUGAGUUGAUGCCCUAUAAUUCAUAUUUUUAAAACAAUUGAUAGCGAAACCUGAACCAACAUCCAGCAUGUUGCCAGAUUUUGUGUCAAAGCAGAAUCUGCAUGACAGUAUUCUUGUAAAUUUUAAAACUUUGUCGAUAGUUGCUAGACAAAAAUUGCUUAAUGAUGCCAAAAUAAUAUCCCGAUUAUGAACUUGCAUUUCUGCUACAUAUCUUGAGUCGAUGGUUUAUUGAGCAAUUCCAUUUAGUUUGUGAGCAGGCAUUCAGCAGAAGUAAACUUGUUGCUCGGUAAAUGCUAUAUUAUUUCUUGAAAAGAGAAGUUUUAAAAGCUGUCAGUUAAAAAAAAAAAAACAUUUUUAACAUCAAGGCUUUAAGGACAUCAUAAUGUAGUCUUGCUUAUUUUUAUGUAAUGGGAAUUACUUUGUGCAGUUUAUGUCCUACAUUUCAUAAAGUAUGAUCUUCACGUUGUGAAGCCCACAGAGGAUUUUCUUUUUAAAUUUUUACUUUCUGCCAUUAAAAAUAAGUGAGAAAAAAAAAGUGAUUUGGGUUGUAUGCAAACUUAUCUCAGGUAAUUUGACUAUUUGCAUUUUAGUUGGACAAAGUGAUUUGAAUUUGGACAAGUGGGCUUUGUGCCAUAUACAUUUCAUUCCAAAUACUUAAAAAAGUUGAAUAUGUUUAAAUUCUUAACUAUUGUCACUUACAACUUUUGUCUUUUUUUAUGAAUCUUGAUGUACAAUUUGCACAAGUAAAAGAGUAUCAAUAUACCAAUAUAUUGUCAUUUGAUUUUUGUUUCUCCUUUAUUAAAAGUAUCCAAC